AUGGAGGCAAGCCCGGAAAGCCCCAACCGGGCGGUGGAGUACCUCCUGGAGCUCAACAACAUCAUUGAGAGCCAGGCCAAACUCCUGGAGACCCAACGGCGGCGCAUCGAGGAGCUGCAAGGUCAGCUGGACCGGGUUAGCCAGGAGAACCAAGACCUGAGGCACGAUCGCAGCCCUCGGACCCCUGGCUCGGACACCCCGGAGCAGAACCAUGAUCACGGCCAGCCUCUGUCGCUCCCUUCCCAUCACGGCGGCGGCGGGGACGGGAGCGCGUCCUCACCUCAGACCAAAGGUGGAUGCGCCACGGCGCCGGGGCCUGCCAGGGACAGGACCCACGCCAUGCUGAGCCGAGGUCUCUCCUGCGGCUCGUCCACCACCGAGAGAGACCGUCUCGAACGCACCGACAGCACGGACACCAACACCAGCGCCACCAUUCGCAGAAAUGUGGAAGUGGAGUCGCAGUGUCCGGGGGAGACGGGCACCCGCAAAGACAGCACUUUCAGCCAGACGCCUUACCUGCGUGACUCCAAGCGCUACGGUGACAGCAACAGCAGCGUGACCACCACCCCUAGCUCCAGGGGCCCCUCAUGCGUGGCUGCUUCCAGUUCAGCCAGUUUGGCUUGGGUGCUGCGGACGCGCCACCAACCAGCAAGCCUAGCCCUUCGCAAGCAGGAAGAGGAAGAGAACAAGAGAUGCAAGGCUCUCUCAGACAGUUAUGAACUCUCAACAGAUCUGCAGGAUAAGAAGGUGGAAAUGCUGGAGAGAAAGUACGGGGGCUCGUUCGUGAGUCGGAGGGCAGCCAGGACCAUUCAGACGGCGUUCAGGCAGUAUCGCAUGAACAAGAACUUUGAGCGCCUCCGAAGCUCUGCUUCAGAGAGCCGCAUGACACGUCGCAUCAUUCUGUCCAAUAUGAGGCUUCAGUAUUCUUUUGACGAGCGGCAGCCUCAGCAGCAGGCCCAGACGCAGACCAACUUCACCCACAGUGUGGCCAUAGGUCCUCCUCAUUCUCCCGACACCAAUCGCCAGGGAGACUACACCCACUUAGAAGACUCCUUCUGCAAACAGGUUAAGUCCUUAGCUGACUCGAUAGACGAUGCCCUGACCUGCCGCACAAGUCGCAAUGAUUCCCAAGAAGGCAGCAGGGAGGGUGGUGGUCUCAGUGAAGAUUUUGGGGAGUGUAUGUGGAGCAGCAGCAGCAAUCCCUCCUCCCGACGUGGUCUGGGCGAAAGAGCCAGAGGAGUGGGAGGAGGACACAGCAUGCACGGAGACAGUACGGCCACCUCGUACAGCGACGUUACCCUUUACAUGGAUGACGGGAUACCGUCUUCCCCACUCUCCCCCGACCGGGCGCCCAGCAGUACUGACACGGAGUACUGGGGCCCCGGCGGCGGUGUCGGGGUACGUGAGGACAGCAGGGACACAGAGGGAGGAGGCAGCAGUAACAGUCGUCGCAGUACACCGUGCACAGAGUGUAGGGACUAUCGUCUGAGGGGCGCACACCUCCCUCUCCUCACCAUUGAGCCACCGAGCGACAGCUCAGUGGACAUGAGUGAUCGCUCUGACCGGGGCUCUCUAACCAGACAGCUGGUGUACGAGCAGGAGCCUGGGGUGGGGGUGGGGGCCGGUUCUCCUCAGGGAACCCUCAAACACUCCCCCGGCACAGGCGCCCGCUCGGCAUCCACAACGGCCGCCCAGGGUCAGAUCCGAGCGCCGGGCAGAGCCAUUCCGACACACAUCCCUCACCAGGUGGCCUCGCACCACCACCAUCAUCACCAUCACCACCAUCCCAUCCACCACCAUCAAUACCCUGACACGCCCUCGUCCUCUUCAUCACCCCAACAGCCCCCCGCUACCCCUCUGUCCUCCUCCUCCUCCACAGCGCUGCCCUCCGGAGGGCUGGAGCAACCGUGUUGCUCGGACGGAGACAACGACUCGCUCAACUCCACAACCAACUCCAAUGAGACAGUCAACUGCAGCUCCGGUUCCUCGUCUCAGGACAGUCUCCGGGAACCCUUGCCCCCUCUGGGCAAGCAGACUUAUCAAAGAGAAAGCCGUAAUAGCUGGGACUCACCGCCCUUCAACAGCGAUGUGGUCCAGAGACGCCAGUACCGCAUUGGUCUCAACCUCUUCAACAAGAAACCAGAGAAAGGAAUCCAGUACCUGAUCGAGAGAGGCUUUGUGUCAGACACUCCGGUUGGGAUUGCUCGGUUCAUCCUUGAAAGGAAAGGUCUGAGCAGGCAGAUGAUUGGGGAGUUCCUGGGAAACCGGCAGAAGCAAUUCAACAAAGAUGUUUUAGACUGUGUGGUUGAUGAGAUGGACUUCUCCGGAAUGGACCUGGAUGACGCGCUGAGGAAGUUCCAGGCUCAAAUUAAGGUUCAGGGAGAAGCGCAAAAAGUGGAACGGCUAAUUGAGGCCUUUAGUCAGCGAUACUGCGUAUGCAAUCCGGUUCUGAUUCGGCAGUUCCAGAACCCUGACACCAUCUUCAUCUUGGCCUUUGCUAUAAUCCUUCUCAACACGGACAUGUACAGUCCCAACGUCAAAGCGGAGAGGAAGAUGAAGCUGGAGGAUUUCAUCAAGAAUUUAAGAGGCGUAGAUAAUGGUCAGGAUAUUCCCAGGGACCUUCUUGUUGGGAUCUACCAGCGGAUACAGAAAUGGGAGUUGCGGACCAAUGAUGACCAUGUGUCUCAAGUACAGGCAGUGGAAAGAGUCCUUGUGGGUAAAAAGCCUGUGUUAUCCCUUCCCCAUCGUAGGUUGGUGUGUUGCUGCCAGCUGUACGAGGUGCCCGACACCAACAGACCUCAGAGAACGGGCGUACAUCAACGCGAGGUCUUUCUCUUUAAUGACCUUUUGGUGGUAACCAAAAUCUUUCAGAAGAAAAAAACCUCAGUGACAUACAGUUUUCGACAAUCUUUUCCCCUGGUUGAGAUGCAAGUUCACCUGUUCCAGAAUUCUUAUUAUCCUCAUGGCAUUCGCCUGACAUCCGCAGUCUUGGGUGGGGAAAGAAAAGUUCUCAUCGUCUUUAUGGCUCCGAGUCAGCAAGACCGCACCCGCUUUGUGAGUGACCUCAGGGAGAGCGUCGCAGAAGUGCAGGAGAUGGAGAAAUACAGAGUUGAAUCGGAGUUGGAGAAGCAGAAAGGUGUCAUGCGGCCCAGUUUGCUGACAGGAGGUGUGGUCGGAGGUGGAGCUGGUGUGAAGAGUGACAUUGUGAAUGGUACCAUGGGAAGGACCAGUUUUGAUGACAACUGCUCCAUUGGCGAAGGUCUCAAACGCACCGCUCUCAGCUCAUCUCUCAGGGACUUAUCUGAUAUAGGGAAGCGUGGCCGAAGGAACAGUGUUGGUUCUCUGGACAGUACAAUGGAAGGUUCCAUCAUUAGCAGUCCGCAGCCUCACCAGCGCUACCCGGUGGCAGGCGUAGUCCCCGGCUGCUACGCGACAGAAGACUUCCGGCCUCAUCGCCCCAUCCUGAGCCCCGGGACGGGGAUGGGGGGUGGGCCGGGGCAGCAACAUACCACUGCUGGGACAGGAGUCGGUGGCGUCCCCAGCAGUGUCGAGAGAGCGGGAGCGACGAGCUGCCCUGGGGGGAGCGGCAACAACAACGGCUCCUUCCUGGGCUCACUAUUCGGCAGCAAACGCGCCAAACCGCCGGGGCCCCUCAUUCCACCGGGGCCACCCUACCCCGCGCCUGUCGCCCCGCCGACGACGGGAGGGCCCCCUCCUCACUCCCCUUCAUCCCUGUGCCAGCCGCUGGAUGGGGGGCCUUCCAAGAUCCAGGCGCUACACGCACAGUACUGUCACGCGGCUAUUGUGCAGCCCCCGCCACCUUACUACCAUCACCAUCGCUACCACACCCAAAAUGUCACUCCUCCUUCGCAAGGGCCGCCCCCUCAUACUAUCCAGAGAGGCCCGCAACCCUGUCGUACACCCUUUUGCCCCCCGCACCCGCAGCUGGCCCAUCUCUCCCAGCUCUCACAACAUGGGCUUCCGGGUCGCUACACCAACAUGGUAGUGGGACGUCCGCCGCCCCUUUCUCCUCUCUCCCAGCAUUCACCGAACCCGCAGUUCGCCCUGUACCACAUUCAGCCUACACACUCUAUCAGGGGGUGCGCCGGCGGCCCUGUUACCAAACCACCCCUAACCUUGUCUCUCUCGCACCCGCACCCCCACGCACACUCCCAAACCCACCCCGGGCACGUGCACACACCGCACCCGGGCAGCCACUCCAGCCAUCAAACACACUUCAUCUUCGGCACCCUCCCCCACAAUCUGCCGUCCGCUACCGUCAACGCGCAUCACGCAGCAGCCUCCGCCGGCCCGUAUCCGCCCCAGUACCCUCCUCUCUCUUCCAUCCCCCCUCCCCCACCACACUCCCCUUUACCCCCCCCUUCGUCCCCCCUUACCCCUCUUACACCUCUCUCCCCUCUCCCCCCCCAACACCCCGGGCAGCCUCAGCCAGGGCCGCAGGUGACAGGGGCUGGGGCGACAGGUACGGUGGGCAGCUCCAAAUCCAAGCCUAUCAACCGGAUAAGCACCGUAGUGUGAGCAGGGUGUGGGCCGCCCGGGGUCAUAGGUCGGACGAGAGAGCGGAGGAGGCGGGCAGGGCGAGGGCCAGGGCCAGAUCUGCCAGGACCGAGAGCAACAGCGGCAACGCGGUUGACAAGAAGAAACGCAGUUUGCUCCGCCUCUGUUACUUUCACCUCCGCUUUCCGCAUAUGUAGAUCGCAAGUGUGAACAACGCACAUGAACACACAAUAUUUAAAGAAGUCUAUAGCCAUAUAGUUAAAGAUUCAUAUUUCUAUAUAUUGUUACUGCAUAGAUUUGAAGUUGUCUGAAUUCUCCCGUGUGCGCAAGUCAGAAAAGGCACCACCCUGCUGGAUGUGUGCUUUUCCCGUCCACUCAAAUUUGUAAUUUACGUGCUCUCAUGCCAUCCUUUUAAAGUCUUGAAAGGCAUUUAAUUCCUGAGUCUAAAAACAAGGCCUUCAUUUGCAUCAUAAGGUCAAUUGUUCAAAAGUCUUAACAUUUUUUAACAUAUGCUGAGUAGGAUUUUGUGACAUGCAGUGAGGUUCAUGACUGGUAAGGCACUGACUCCUCUAAAAAUAUCCAUGCUUUUACAAGCAGCCCCAGAUUUUGAUGCGGUCACACAUGGAGGGUGCACUAGAAGUCUGGACGGGACGGGAGAAUGCGUGUCGGUACAGGCGCACAAGCCAGGCGUGUAAAAAAAGAACAACUUGCAUACAAAUGGGAAAAUAGCCCUUUUUGGUGUCUAUAUGUAUGAAAAAUGACAACCAUACUGUACAUUCACCUUUUACUUUAAAUGCAAACACCUAAUGUACAGUUCAGAUAAGUAACACUCAAAAUGGCAAAAAAAAAAUUGCAAUAAUUCCCUUGACUUCAUGAUGUCUCCAUCCACUGCAGGAUUUGCUUGACUAUCUUUUUUUUUUUUUCUCCUUAAUGAUGACCUCAAACAUGUUACCGUCGUCAAACCUUUUAAUAGCAGACGCUGAAUUUCACUUGAGCGUCUUUUACAUGUCGACAGGAGCUUCGUAAUGCAUUUCUCAAGGACUUUAGAAAUACAAUCAACAAUCUAUUGUGAAUGUUUCUGAAGCUUCUUGCUGUUUUAUCAAUAUUAGAUCUGCUAUGUGUAUGAUGAAUAUUGUCUGUUUGAUCAGUAUGUAAAUGUAUCGACAGAUGUUAAGCUUCAAAGUACAUAUAGACGCCCUUCGCUUUGAUUUAAAGUCAUUGACGUCAUUUUCCUACCAUCUCGAGUGAUUGUUGAUUGAUCAUUUUGUUUUGCUUGAUGGGAGGGAAAAACUUUUUUGUUGGAAGAAGUCUAAGUGUGGUUGUGGAGGUUCAUAUUUUCAAAAUCAUACGAUUCAUCAUUGGGUGUUUCGAUGUUUUAAUUAAGUGAGCUUUUUACAAGAGAUUUUUUGUGGUUUUUCCACGUGUGAUGUCUUAAGUCACAAGUGACCAUCUUAUUCUCUCACCCCUCCAGACACUUUUGUAGAACUCUCUUGCCACAUUUCCUGAUGCAGUGGCAUCCCCAUGAGGGCUUUGUAUUCUUUAAAAAAAUGAAUAAUUAAGGAUUGAGAAUGUAAAACAGCAUCCUUUGUUAUUCUGUGGCCUCCUGCAAUAUUUUGAAUUGUGAGUACUGACAGUUACCUACAGUGCCAGCAAGAGAACAUUUAUUCUCAGAUUUGUUUUGGGAGGGGGGAGGGGGAGUGAGGACAAAAUGAUGUCAAUGUUUAGAAUCAAGCUGUACUGAAUGACAACUUGGAUUAAAUGUGAAUCCACAAAAAAAAAGGAUAUAAAGAAGGUUUCGAGAAAGUCAGAUGAAGGUUUUCUAUUUAUGUGUUGCCAAGCCCUUUUAUUUUUUGACUCUUCUUGCAUGGGUAUAUCUGCACUUAUUGAAUAGAUUGUAUUGUAUAAACCCAAAUGUAAAUAAUAUGCUUAAGGCUUCUCAUGGGACAAAGCGCUCCCAGUCUGUAUUCAGGUGUGUGCAUGUGAGUGCCAUGAUGUAUGUACAUAGCAACGACAAACAGGGACAGAAAAUGUUGUGAAAAAAUAUAUUUAUUUCUUAUCAUUUGUGACUGAAGACGAGAAAUGGAAUCAAGAGGAAUAUAAUACAGCCUGACGGUUAUGUCAGUGCACUUAUGGAUAUUAUUUUGAACCAUUUAAUUUCUGUUGUGCUUGUAUUAAAUGUACUGAAAGAGUAGAGAUUUGAUAUGUGAAUAUUUAUUGCUUCAGAACAAUUAAAGUGUCCUUGCAGUGA